CUGUGGCAAACGAUUCAUACCGGUUUCAUUGGACCAUUAGUUUUCAGUUUAUUCAAACCAUGGAGCCACCGGUUUGGUUUCUUCUCUUGGUCAUCUUUCCACAUAUGUUUCAUCAGCAGAAUUUGACAGAAAGCCAAAAUGAUGACGGUGACCAAGCACAAACGAGAAUCCUCAACCGGAAACCUAAUCGAUAUCCUUCUAAAGACUACAAGGAUUACCAAUCUCUUUACCGACCACCAUGCUUUGACGUGGCCUGCGCUGUCGACGAAUCUUAUCCAAUAGAUUUUGUGGCUUCAGUUGUGGCCAGUCACUUGCCACUGGUUGAGCAGUUGCAUUCCAUGUUGUACCGCUACCCAGCAGAGAAGUUGAUCCUGAUCGAAAACACAACAGAUUCAUACAGACUUAAAGGGAAUUUCGCGUGCGAGUCGGAUGUUGUUUGGCUGAAAGUGGGCUGGGCUCACGACGUCACGGGCCGGAACCUCUUGGUCGUAAACACGCCUCGCUUCCCUCAGAUUCAGCGUCUGGAAACGUGCAGGUACGCAGAUAAACACUGCGAGUACUUGCCACCCUGUUACCGAUCCAGGUGUCAACAAAGAUACAGUCACAAGCAUCUGAUAGUCAUCGAUCCAGCCAAAUUGAGUGUUGGACCCUACGUCGACAUUUUACCACUGCCAUCAUCCUGCUCUUGUUUUGUCGAAAAUUUCGUCUACUUUUAAACGGGCAU